AUGGCGAUAUCCAUUAGCAAAUGGGCCGAUGGCCCCUUGGAACUUAUUGAGACCCCCUCCGCUACGAGGCAAAUAGCUGAUCAUCCGGCCCACUAUGUCGCCAACGAGAUGGCCUUCGCCCAUAACGCUAUGCUCCGUGGUCUAAACGCCAUAUACUUGCAAGCGCCCUACAUACCAAGGGCUGACGUAGCCGAUUUUCUCUUUUUUGUAGCCUCGUGGGCUAGUUGGGUACAUGAUCAUCAUAUUCUCGAGGAGACGCGCAUGUUUCCAGGCUUCGAGCGCAUUCCCGGUAUUCGGCCCGGGCAGCUCUCGCAGAACAUCGAGCAGCAUCAUCUGUUCUCCGCUGGUCUUGAUGAUCUUAAGAAAUACGCUACAAAUACAACCGCAGUUGAGUACGAUGGUAAAACACUGCGUGAGCUCAUUGGUAGUUUUUCUACACAUAUGCGCCAACAUCUGGCAGAUGAAAUCGACACACUCUGGAGCCUCGAGUGCUGCGAGAAAGGACAGGAGAAAAACCUGCUAAAGGUGUAUAAGGACUGCGAAGCAGAAGCAGCUAAGCAAGACAAGACAGUCGUGCCACCCAUGGUACUCGGGUUGUGCGAUAAGACGUUUCAGGGUGGCAAUAGCUGGCCUGCCAUACCUAUGGGCUCGGAAUACAUUGUGCACUAUAUAUUUGGUAGGAAGCAUAGAGGCGCGUGGAGGUUUUUGCCGUCCGACACAUUUCGAAGACCAAGAAUGUUACCAUUUUUGGGCAAUGACAAAUAA